AUGCUGUGUAUCACAACGCUCCUCACUGUUACUGCUGCUGCCACAGCCACAUCCACUGCCUUUAGGACCGUUGGUGGAAACGAGAUGGAUCGACUAGCCCUGCAGGCCUUCAAGGAAAGGAUCACAUAUGAUCCUCAAGGUGUUGUGAGCUCUUGGAAUGAUUCUUUCCAUUUCUGUGAGUGGGAAGGUGUUACAUGUGGUCACCGGCACGGAAGAGUCAUUCUCUUAGAUGUAAGUUCCAGAGGCUUAGUGGGCACCUUGUCUCCUUAUGUUGGGAACCUCAGCUUCCUUCGGGACUUGUGGCUCUCCAACAACACCUUUAAAGGUCAAAUCCCUUCGGAACUUGGUCGUCUUUUCAGGCUUCGACAUUUAUUAUUGAUGAAUAACAGCUUUGAAGGAGAAAUUCCAGCCACCCUAUCCCGUUGCUCUGAACUCACGCAACUCGCUGUUAGUCAUAAUAAUCUAGUUGGAAAAAUUCCAAAAGAGCUUGGUUCCUUGUCAAAGCUUAUUGAUUUUUUGGUUCAAGCUAACCAUUUGACAGGAGGGAUCCCAUCCUUCAUCGUAAACCUUACAUCUUUAGAAAAGUUGUCUACAACUCACAAUCCAUUGGGGGGAAGUAUUCCAGAUGGUUUCGGCCAAAUGAGAAACUUGAAAGAACUUGCAUUGUGUGGCAAUAACCUUUCUGGUAUUAUCCCUUCUUCCAUUUAUAAUCUUUCCGCCUUAACGGUUCUCUCUUUAUGUGAGAAUCAACUGCACGGUAAUCUCCAGCCAGGCAUUGGUAUGAUGUUUCCUCAUCUUCAGCUACUUCAACUACAUACCAAUCUAUUUACUGGACCACUCCCACUCUCUGUGUCCAAUUUAACAGAGAUGGACACCCUUGACAUGCAAGAGAAUUAUUUUACUGGAAAAAUAAGAGUCAAUUUUGAAGGCCUAAAGAACAUUUGGAUGUUAUUAUUGUCAGAGAAUAAUUUCGGAAGUGGGGAACCUGAUGAAAUGAACUUCAUCAAUUCUAUGGUCAACUGUAGCAAUUUGAAAUAUUUGGAGAUGUCAGGUAACUUCUUCAGUGGGGUGCUGCCAAAGUCUAUUGGUAAUCUCUCGACCAACCUCUUCUUUCUAAAUUUUGGUGUAAAUCUUUUGAAUGGAACUCUCCCUUCUACAAUAGGUAACCUAAUUAACUUAGGGACCUUAUUUCUACAAGAUAAUCAAUUCACCGGUACGAUUCCCACUACCAUCGGCGGUCUCCAAAAAGUACAAAGAUUUGCUCUUAGAGGGAACAAUUUUUCGGGAAAACUUCCUAAUUCUAUUGGAAACUUAACAUUGUUAACUGAGCUUUACUUGGAGGACAAUAGAUUAGACGGAACCAUACCCUUAAGUCUUGGAAACUGCCAAAACUUGCUGAUUCUCUAUCUUUCCCAAAACAAUCUUAGUGGAAUCAUACCUAAAGAAAUUUUUAGACUUUCAUCUCUAUCCAUUGAAGUGAGUCUCGCACAUAAUCAUCUAAUUGGAUCCCUACCUUCGGAGGUUGAUAACCUCAUAAACUUAGUUGCAUUGGAUGUAUCUGAAAAUAACUUGUCUGGUGACAUUCCAAGUGGCCUGAGCAAAUGCACUAGCCUUGAAUUUUUACAUAUGGAGGGUAAUUCUUUUCGCGGGCCAAUUCCUGCAUCAUUGAGGUCUUUGAAAGGCCUCCGAGUCUUUGAUCUUUCUCGCAACAACAUAACAGGACAAAUACCAGAAUUCUUGGGGCAAAUUGCUUUGACAAGCUUGAAUUUAUCGUUUAAUAAUUUUGAAGGUGAGGUGCCAAUCACAGGAGUUUUCACAAACGCAAGCGUUAUAUCAGUUGCUGGCAAUAGUAGAAUUUGUGGUGGUAUUUUUGAACUAAAGCUACCUAAAUGCGCCAUUGAAAAAUCAAAGGAAGUGAAGAUGUCUCUUGCACAUAUAUUAAUUAUCUCGGUAGCUUCUAUUCUUGUUGGGAUAACCUUGAUAUCAUUUUUCAUAUCUUGUUGGGUAAAGAAGAAAAGAAAAGCUCCAUCUAUAGGAACACAGGUGGAGGAACAAUUCCUAAGAGUAUCCUACAAAAGGCUCCUCAAAGCAACCAAUGGGUUUUCUUCAGACAAUUUGAUUGGUACGGGUAGUUUUGGUUAUGUGUAUAAGGGAAUCUUUGAUCAGGAAGGAGCGACUGUUGCUGUAAAAGUUCUUAACCUUUUGCACCAUGGAGCUUCCAAGAGUUUCAUGGCUGAGUGUGAAACCUUGAGAAAUAUUCGACAUAGAAAUCUUUUAAAGAUCAUAACGUCUUGCUCAAGUGUUGAUUUUGAAGGUAAUGAUUUUAGAGCUUUGGUGUAUGAGUUCAUGCCUAAUGGUAGUCUAGAAAGGUGGUUGCACUCGAGUACAGAAACGAAUAAUGCACAGAAUGGGAUUCCAAGCUUAAGUUUUCUUCAAAGAAUAAACAUUGCUGUUGAUGUGGCUUGCGCACUUGACUAUCUUCAUAACCAUUGCCAGCAACCAAUCAUUCAUUGUGAUUUGAAGCCUAGCAAUAUACUUCUUGACCAUGAUAUGGUUGCCCAUAUCGGAGAUUUUGGAUUGGCAAGGUUUCAUCCCAGACUCACAAAUACAGUUCAAAGCAGUUCAAAUGGAAUAAGAGGAACUAUUGGGUACACGGCUCCAGAAUAUGGUCUCGGAAGUGAAAUAUCAACCAACGGAGAUGUUUACAGCUAUGGCAUCUGCUUAUUGGAGAUGAUGACAGGAAGGAGGCCAACUGACGGUAUGUUUCAGGAUGGAAUUAACCUUCAUAACUUUGUUAGGAUGGCCAUACCAGAUAAUGCGAUUGAGAUCUUGGAUCAAGUGCUUCUAAAUGAUAAUGAAGAAGACGUAGAAGCGGCCGAAAAUAUGACCAGAAAAUGUCAAAAUAGGGCAAACAAAAUAAAGGAGUGUUUGGUUUCGGUUGUGAGGAUAGGAGUGGCUUGCUCCGUGGAGUCACCACAAGAACGGAUAAAAAUAAGUGAUGUUGUCCAUGAGCUUCAAUCUGUCAAGAACAAACUUUUACAGCACUAAUACUUAAAUGGCUCCUAUGCAAAGUCGAAGAAGAACAAACAAAAUGGAUUGUUUAAGUUUAGUGUGAGGAUUAGAAUGGCAUGUUCUGUGGACAUGAAUAUACUCUAGAGUUUGUCCUUGUAGAGGACCAGUGGUCUGGACCAUUGGGCUUGUUGCCAUAAAAGAAUAUCAGUGGUUCAUCUGAAUGUGUGAUAGUAGAGAGUGUAAGUACAGUGCAAUUGUAACAUUUGAGUGGUGUCUUCUUUGUGCGCAGUCUUGUAGUGAGUGACAUGAGGCUUGAGUGGUGUUCAGGUAAAG